AUGAAUAAAUCAGGCUUAUCAACUACUGAAAAUUCUGGGAAAUCGGGAGGUUUAAUAAAUAGUGAUAGGACUACUGGUGAUCCUGAAAAUCGUCUGCUUCGGGAUGUGAUCGAGUCCAAAAUGCCACCGCCUUAUCCCUAUUGUGCCGAAGGACAUUAUUUGCCAGCGACUCUAGGGAUGCAAUUGAAGCCAGAGCUCAACAUAUCUACCCAACAGGAGGGAAAAGCACCCGAUAAAGAUAUGCUGGAAGAUCACAUUAGUUUUCUUCGCACCAUUUCAGCCUUUCAGCACUACAAAAAACAAGCCAUGGACGUGCGCGACAUGCGACACAAAAACUUUUUAACAUUACAAAAUAAACAUCGUGACUUACUCUGUGUUCAACUGGACGCAAUGUUUGAGAGCUAUUCCGAAUGUAUUCAAGCCAACAACGAUUUUUUUGAUGCCAUCUGCAACUCUGGUGGGGAACUCUUCAGGAGCUACUGGCCGGAAGGAACGACCGUUCGAUUGGAUGACGUCCCGUCGCCUACUCCACUGGAUAUGGAUAAGGUCUUCUCGACCCUGCGUCAAUUCGUGCGCGACUGGGCUGGUGAGGGAGCUCCAGAAAGGGAUUGCGUCUAUAAUCCGAUUCUAGAUGCCCUGGAGCGCUGUUUCCCUAAUCGUGAACAACGUCUAAAUAAUCGUAUUUUGAUUCCAGGUGCGGGGCUGUGCCGACUGUCUGUAGAGCUCGGGCUGCGUGGAUUCUUCGCCCAAGCCAAUGAAUUCAGCUACCACAUGCUUAUCGCUGGCCAUUACAUUCAGAACCAUGCCACAGAGGCAUGUCAACAUCGUAUUUUCCCGUACAGCGAUAGUACCUGUAAUUUAGUAAACCGUGCAGAUCAGUUUGUCGAGGUACUCAUACCCGAUUUAUGCGCGUAUGAAGCAAUUGAUGAGCUUCAGAAUAAAGGGUUGAGUUUUGGUGAGCUCUCCAUGGUAGCGGGUGACUUCACUGAGGUCUAUUCAAAGCUGAGCCAACACAAAACCUGGUCUGCUGUUGUCACGUGCUUUUUUAUUGACACUGCACACAAUAUCAUUGAGUACUUGGAGACUAUUUACAAUUUACUGGUUCCUGGGGGUUAUUGGGUCAAUGUCGGGCCUCUUUUAUACCACUUCGCGGACAGCGUUGAGGACAUGUCGAUUGAGCUGUCUCUUGGGGAAGUACUGACGGUGGCGCAGCGCAUCGGAUUUGUCUUGCAGUCCUCGCCGACAUUCAUCGACACAACAUACACAAACAACCAACGAAGCAUGAAGCAGUUGGUUUACCGAUGCGCAUUUUUUUUACUACAACGACCACUUACCGAUGAACAUAAAGAUCUUAUGAAUAACGGCGUAGGCAGUGCAUCACCAUAA